GGGAACUCUCAAUAUAAUAAAAUGGAGAUCUCUGAUAAGGAAAAGAUCACAGUAGAUAAUCUUCUAGAGAAUGUAUCCAAGAGGUUUCAGGUCUUUUCUACCAUCGUACAUGCUAUUGGCUUCUGAAUGGGAGGUUUCUUGUCCUUUGCACUUCCACUUGUAGAACUCUUCCCCCAAUUUCAGUGAUAUGACGCAACAACAGGAGGAUACACUAACUGAUCUAGACAGGAAGCCUGCGAUAGCCACAACUGGGCCAUUAAUUGGGAAGAAGAACGAAGCAUUAAGAACUGGAUCUCAGAUAUGAAUAUCUAUUGUAUUGAAAAAUGGAAGAUAGGCCUCUUCGGAAGCAUGUACUACUUCGGAUACCUCCUCGGCUCGAUAGUGUUUGUCAAUGUCUCAGAUAUGUACGGGAGAAAAAUCUGAACGAGAGUUAGCUACAUUGGCCACACUAUAGCCUUCUUCUUCAUUAUCUUUAUCUCCAACCUAUAUACCAGAUAUGCUUGUAUAUUUCUAUGAGGGUUUGUCGGUUCAGUGAGAUGAAGUGUUAGCUACACAACAGGAUGCGAAUUCUUACAAAAGAGGUACCAAAUAUGGUCAAGCACAGUAACACAGAUGAUUAACGCAUGAGUUCCAAUGUUUUUAGCCAUUUAUUUUUGGAAAAUCACUGACUAUUGGAUAUAUUUCUUCCUCUUUACUUUGACAAUCUGAGUUCUGAACUGUAUAAAUACCUUCUUCAUCCCUGAAAGUCCGAGAUGGCUUUUUAGUCAAAAGAGAGACCAAGAAGCGAUUGGUGUUCUUAAUAGUAUUUCAAAAAGCAAAGAUAGAGACAAGAUACCUCUUCAUAAUGAUCUUAGAUUAGAAGAGAACUCAAAUAACUCACAGGAAGAUUGUAUGGAAAUUAUAGAGAAAGGACCCUCCCCUCUGACGCUUCUGUGGAAGAACCGCAAAGAUAGGUACCAUCUCAUCAUAAUAGCUUCAUUCUGGUUUGUAGCAUGAAUAAUGAACUACCUGAUGAACUUCUACAUUAAGUAUGUGCCAAUUGAGAGGAUCUUUCUCAUGAUUCUACUUGCAGCUGUUGCUGAGUUCAUUUCCAAAACUCUGAACGGAAUCUUAAUCAGUAAGAUGGGUUUCACCCAUGCCACUCAGUUCUUUCAAUGAGUAUGUAUAAUCAGUGCAGUGAUCUACAUUAUCUUCUUCCAGCGUUCUGAGUUUAUCAUUAUAGUCAUAUUUGUGCUAAAAUUAUCUGCGAGUGCAAACUUUGCAUCGAUGUACUUCGCCUGUCCAACUCUGUUCGAGAGCAAGAUAGCAGUGACUGCUUACAAUCUCUGAAACAUCUCAGGUAAAAUUGGUGCAGUAAUUGCCCCUCUCCUUGCAGAGAUUCCAGGAAGGUGGCCAAUGAUAAUCUUCUUAGGAUGCUCAGUGAUUUCUUUCUUAUUGAUUUGAGGUAUAAAAGCAUAAAGAGAAUAUGGUUGUUUUAUUUAAAACAUAAU